UGAUGAGGGUAGGGACCGAGUCCGCAAGCUGCUUUCCUUCAGUCCACUUCCCACUUGUGGGAGCUGAUGCUGUGUUGAGCAGCUCGGGAUGUAUAAAGCUGCUUUGGGUUGAACCCCACGGACCGCUGCUUCUGCGCAAAACGCCUCGUUUCUUUGGGAAGGGAAAUAAAAACAUGGACUAAAUUCCAUCCACCAUGGUUUUAUUCCAGUUCCUGGUUGCGUUCGGACUACUUUUCCUCUCCUCAGUUGCAGGGUUUGGUGUGGAUCCUGCGCUCCGCAUCAGUGUGUUCCAAGAUUUCAGUCCUGGAGAGCAGGAAGGAGUUUCACAGGUGCAGGGCUUCAAUGACGAGUCCAGAGCCAUCCUGUUUCAAGGCUCCUCCAGGAGCGUGAAGGUGCCCGAAGAGACGGCUCAGCACAUGCUGCAGAAGCUGAGAGGCAGAACUGAGUUUACCAUGGCUGUUACUCUGAAACAAAAGCUGCUCAACUCUGGAGCCAUCUUCUCCAUCCACCAUGCGGAACAGAGGUUUUUGGAACUGGAGAGCAGCGGGCAGAAGAGUGAGGUGCGUCUCCAUUUCUUGGCCAAAGGACGGCAAAUGUACACUGAGAUCUUCCCUUACUUGCUCGCGGACAACCAGUGGCACAAAGUUUCAGUGGCCAUCAGCGCAUCCCAUGUCACUCUUUAUGUGGAUUGCAACAGAAUCUAUGAUCGGGUGGUGGCUGUGCCUCUCAUGGACAUUCCAGAAGAUGCAUCAUUCUGGAUUGGACAAAGGAACAGUGCACACGGCCUAUUCAAGGGGGUACUGCAAGAUAUUCAUAUAAUUGUGAUGCCUCAAGGUUAUAUCACACAAUGCCCAGAUCUUAAUCGUACUUGUCCUACUUGCAAUGACUUUCAUGGGCUCGUACAGAAGAUAAUGGAACUCCAGGAUAUCUUGGCCAAAACAUCCAGCAAGCUGUCACUAGCAGAGGAGAGGAUGAACAGUCUGGAUAACUGCUUUUGUGAGAGGACGUGCAGCGUGAAGGGGGUGACCUACAGGGAGGAGCAGGCCUGGACAGAUGGCUGCAAAAACUGCACAUGCUUGAAUGGUACAGUCCAGUGUGAAGCCAUUGUGUGUCCCCCUCUGGAGUGUCCUGAUGGUUCCAUUGCUGCCUAUGUGGCAGGAGAGUGUUGCAAAAAAUGUCAGCCUAUGUGCAUAUUUUUUGGACAAGAAUUGGCGGAGGGGGAAAGUAAAGCUGUGCAUCAUGCCAGUGGAUUGUGCCAACUCUCUGAAUGCAAGGAUCGUACAAUGCACAAAGUCCCAAACAGCGAGUGUCCCGAACUCAUUUGUCCAGAAACACAGCAGGUCACUCUGACUGACAGAUGCUGCAAAGUGUGCAGAGGCCAUGAUUUCUGUGCGGAGAACAAUGCCUGCAUGGAGCACUCAGACUGUCUGAAUCUAGAUGCAGGAGCAAGCUGCAGCUGCAAAGAGGGUUUCCGCCCGCUCCGCCCAGACAACGCGUACUGCGAAGAUAUUGACGAGUGUGCAGAGGGGAAACAUUACUGCAGAGAGAACACUAUGUGUGUGAACACCCCUGGAUCGUUUAUGUGCAUUUGUCACACAGGAUACAUCCGCAUUGAUGACUACUCGUGUACUGAGCAUGAUGAGUGUGUGUCGGGGAAGCACAGCUGUGAUGAGAAUGCACUGUGCUUUAACACUGUAGGGGGACACAGCUGCUCCUGUAAACCUGGCUACACUGGCAAUGGCACCAUAUGCAAAGCCUUGUGUGAUGGUCUAUGUCUGAACGGCGGCACCUGCAUCUCUCCCAACAUGUGUGUGUGCGCACAGGGCUUCACUGGGCUGAAGUGUGAGACAGAUAUCGAUGAGUGCACUGAGGGGUUUGUCCAGUGUGAAAGCCGUGCUACCUGCGUGAACUUACCUGGAUGGUACCACUGCGAGUGCCGUGAUGGAUACCAUGACAACGGCAUGUUUACUGCCAACGGGGAGUCAUGUGAAGAUAUAGAUGAGUGUAAAGAAGGGAGGAAUACCUGUGCCAAUGACACUGUCUGUUUUAAUCUGGAUGGUGGAUAUGACUGCAGGUGUCCCCAUGGACACAACUGCACUGGUGACUGCAUCUAUGACAGCAAAGUGAAACACAGUGGGCAGAUCUGGGUCCUGGACAACGACAGGUGCUCUGUCUGCUCAUGCCAGAUGGGGCAGGUGAUGUGCAGACGUAUGGUGUGUGAUUGUGAGAAUCCCACUGUGGAUCUGUUCUGCUGUCCGGAGUGUGACCCACGCCUCAGCUCUCAGUGUCUGCACCAAAACGGUUUGGUCACCUACAGCAGUGGAGACACCUGGACAGAAAACUGCCAGCAGUGCCAGUGCCUGCAGGGAGAGGUGGACUGCUGGCCGUUGCUGUGCCCUCCAGCGCAUUGUGACUUCACCAUGGUGCCCGAGGGCGAAUGCUGCCCACGCUGUGUCACGGACCCGUGCCUGGCUCAGAGUGUUCGCAAUGACAUCACCAAGACUUGUGAGGAUGAACACGGCAUCAUGCGCUUCAGCGGAUCCUCCUGGGUCAAGCACGGCACCGAGUGCACGCUCUGCCAUUGCAAGAAUGGACACAUCUGUUGCUCAGUGGAUCCUUUGUGCCUUUAGCUGCAGUCCAUCUUGCUAAAGGUGUUUGUACAGUUGUUCUCCAUUUAAAAGAAACCCACUGUUUUCACCCUGUCCCAAAUUGACAUCUUUAUACCAAAUGCAAACUAUGUAUUAUACCAAACUGAUGACCGAGAAUGUCACUGUUCAUAUCUGCUACAGAAAGAAACCAUUUUUUUUUGUUUUUGUUUUUCCCACACUGAGAUGAAAGGUCACUGCUCUGUACAGAAUACUAUAUACACAAGCAUAACCACACUGGAUGUUAAAAAUCAUAUUCUUUCAUUUAGAACUGUUUAUGAAACCAGUAAAAGAAUUAGGGAUCUUAGCUAGUAUGUAAAUGUUACUGUAUUUCUCUUUCAUCGCAUUAUGG